AUGUCCGAAGACCGAUCCUACGCCCCGCCGGUCUUCAAGCGGCGAAGGCUCGACGGCAGCGGCCGCUCGACGCCGCGGGCCGAGCAUGCCUCGACACCGGGCGCCGACGUGCCCCAGCCGACGGACGAAGACACGAAAGCGCUGGACCGCGACUGGUACGCCGGUGACGAGUUCGGCGGGCACGUGUUCGGCGACGACAUGCACAACCCGUUCGGCAACGACUACUCGGCCUGGGAGAAGGAGCACCAGGAGGCCGUCAAGGCGGGAGAAGAUGUCGAGCCGCGGCGCGACAUGGCGGCUGACUUUGACGACGACGAGGCGACGCGCGUGCACCUGCUCGUGCACGAGCUGCGCCCGCCCUUUCUCGACGGCCGGACCAUCUUUACGAAGCAGCUCGAGCCCGUGCCCGCCGUGCGCGACUACCAGAGCGACAUGGCCGUCUUCAGCCGCAAGGGCAGCAAGGUCGUCAAGGAGGCGCGCCAGCAGCGCGAGCGCCAGCGGCAGGCGCAGGAGGCGACGAGCAUGAAGGGCACGGCGCUCGGCAACCUCAUGGGCGUCAAGGAGGAGGACGGCGACAGCGCCAUGGCCAUUGCCGGCGAGGAAGACGCCGUCAGGAAGCCCGACGGCGAGACGAGCAACAAGAGCAGAGGCAGUACCUGCCCGCGUUUGCCGUCAGGGAAGGACCUGAUGCGCGUCAUCCGGGAGAACCAGGUCAUUGUCGUCGUGGGCGAGACGGGCUCCGGCAAGACGACGCAGUUGACGCAGUUCCUGCACGAGGAGGGCUACGGAGACGCGGGCAUGAUUGGGUGCACACAGCCGAGGCGUGUCGCUGCCAUGAGCGUCGCGAAACGCGUGGCCGAGGAGAUGGACGUCAAGCUCGGCAGCACCGUCGGCUAUGCCAUUCGUUUCGAGGACUGUACCAGCAAGGAGACGGUCAUCAAGUACAUGACCGAUGGUGUGCUUCUUCGAGAGUCGCUCAACGAGCCUGAUCUCGACAAGUACUCGUGCAUCAUCAUGGACGAGGCGCACGAGCGUGCGUUGAACACCGACAUCCUGAUGGGACUCUUCAAGAAGAUCUUGCAGAGGAGACGAGAUUUGAAACUCAUCGUCACGUCUGCCACCAUGAACUCGAAAAAGUUCUCCGAAUUCUACGGCGGCGCGCCAGAUUUCACUAUUCCGGGAAGGACAUUUCCGGUCGACACCAUGUUCCAUCGGUCACCUGUGGAGGAUUAUGUGGACCAGGCAGUGCAGCAGGUUCUGUCCAUCCACGUGUCUAUGGACCAGGGCGACAUCCUCGUGUUCAUGACCGGCCAAGAGGACAUUGAAGUCACCUGCGAGCUGGUGCAGAAACGCCUGGAUGCGCUGAAUGACCCGCCCAAACUCAGCAUCCUCCCCAUCUACAGUCAGAUGCCUGCAGACCUGCAGGCCAAGAUUUUCGACCGAGCGGCACCGGGGGUCCGCAAGUGCAUCGUCGCGACGAAUAUUGCGGAGACUAGUCUGACAGUCGAUGGUAUCAAGUACGUCGUAGAUGCGGGCUAUUCCAAGAUGAAAGUCUAUAACCCCAAGAUGGGCAUGGACACGCUUCAAAUCACCCCCAUCUCGCAGGCGAACGCUUCACAGCGUUCAGGUCGAGCCGGCCGAACAGGCCCCGGCAAGGCGUUCCGGCUAUUUACAGAAAAGGCCUUCAAGGAGGAGCUCUACCUGCAGACAAUUCCGGAAAUCCAGCGGACGAACCUCAGCAACACGGUUCUCAUGUUGAAGUCGCUCGGCGUCAAGGAUCUCCUCGAUUUCGACUUUAUGGACCCUCCGCCGCAAGACACCAUUACCACCUCCAUGUUCGACCUCUGGGCGCUGGGCGCCCUCAACAACCUGGGCGAGCUGACAAAGCUGGGCGCCAAGAUGAGCGCUUUCCCCAUGGACCCGUCACUGUCGAAGCUCCUCAUCACUGCCGAGGAAUACGGCUGCAGCGAGGAGAUGAUCACCAUCGUCUCCAUGCUGUCCGUGCCCAACGUGUUCUACCGACCGAAGGAGCGGCAAGACGAGGCGGACACGCAGCGCGAGAAGUUCUGGGUCCACGAGUCGGAUCAUCUCACCUACCUGCAGGUGUACUCGGCGUGGAAGUCCAACGGCAUGUCAGACGGGUGGUGCAUCAAGCACUUCCUGCACCCCAAGUCGCUGCGCCGCGCCAAGGAGAUCCGCGACCAGCUCCUCGACAUUAUGAAGAUGCAGAAGAUGCAGAUGCUCAGCUGCGGCAUGGACUGGGACGUCAUCCGCAAGUGCAUCUGCUCGGGCUACUACCACCAGGCCGCCAAGUACAAGGGCUCGGGCGAGUACAUCAACCUGCGCACCAACCUCGGCGUCCAGCUGCACCCGACCUCGGCCCUGUACGCGGGCCACCCGCCCGACUACAUUGUGUACCACGAGCUCAUCCUCACGUCCAAGGUGUACGUGUCCACCGUCACAGCCGUGGAUCCGCACUGGCUCGCGGACCUCGGCGGCGUCUUCUACUCGGUCAAGGAAAAGGGCUACUCGAUGCGUGACAAGCGCAUCACCGAGACCGAAUUCAACCGAAAGAUGGAGAUUGAGACACAAAUGGCCGACGACAGGCGGCGGCAGCAGGAGCAGAUCGCCGCCGAGCAGGCGCGGGACUCGAGAAAAAAGACGCUCAGCGGACCAGUGAAGAAGGUCGUCACGCAGGGGGCCGUGAAGAAGCCGAAUUUUAACGAAGCGAGCCCGCUGUUUUUGAUCGGACGAGUUGGCCCCCCACCGCCUGUUUCAGUGUACAUUGUUUUGUCUCUUUCCGAAUGUCCAGAGUGCUUUUGUGCCAGAGCUGGCCGCUCAGCGCACCUGAAAGUCCUUCUCUCCGUCGACGACGUCCCUCUCCGUCUGGUCCAGCUUGACGACCUUGGCAGAGCGCGGGCCCUGGUCGACGUCUUGGAAGAACUUCUUCAGCACGUCUUCGGGUCCCUGCGCCUCGCCUUCCACCUGGUCUCGUCAGCUCGUUGUCGCGCGCUACCGAGGAGGGUCAUGAGGGCGGGUGUUUGGGCGCAGUCGCACCUUGUUGUCAUCCGUGUUGCGACACCAUCCCGUGAGCCCGUACUCUGUUCCUCGUUUUUGCGUAAAGUAGCGGAAACCGACGCCUGA